AGGUCUAUCGGUGACAUGGACUCAACUGGCUCUGUAUCAGCAGUGGAAUCAGCUCUGGACCGAUUAGCAAAGCAACGUAAUGACCUGGAAGAACUUUGGGCUGCCAGAAAACUGCGUCUGGAUCUUUGCCUCCGAUUACGCUUAUUCGAGCGAGAUGCUUUAGAGGUUUCAUCACAACUGGAAAUGUGGUCGGAAGAACUGCAACACAGCGAGCUAACCAGAGAUAUCGCCAAGGCAGAGCAAUACUUACGCCUGCACAACGAGAGCGUUAGUCAAAUGCAAAACACGACCUACCAAGUACUUCAACAAGGACAAGAGCUAGUGCAGGUGUUUGAGAACUCAGGGAUUUGCGUGAUGGCCGAUGCGCAAUACAAUGCUCAAACUAGGGUGCAAGUUCUGUUAGAGUUCCUCCACGACAGAGAAAUGGAACUGGAAGACCUAGCCGAAAUGAAACGCGUUAAACUAGAACAAUGUAUCCAACUGGGCCAAUUCCAAAACGACGCAAACCAAGUCAUCAGCUGGAUCCGAAACGGAGAGUCAAUGUUAAUGGCCAGUUUCACCAUACCAAACAGCCUGGCUGAUGCAGAGUUGUUGAAGAAAGAGCACGAACAGUUUCAAGUAGCGAUAGAGAAAACGCAUACAUCUGCCGUGCAGGUCAAGCAUAGAGCGGAUGCGCUGAUCAGUGGCAAUCACUAUGACCCUCAGAGUAUCAAGGAUAUUUCGGAGGAGGUUACCAAGAGAUGGCAGCAACUGGUUACUUGUGCUGAGGAAAGGCAUAAGCUGGUCACGGCUAGCUUGAACUUUUAUAAGACCGCUGAACAGGUGUGCUCGGUAUUGGAUAGCCUAGAAAGAGAAUACCGCCGGGACGAAGACUGGUGUUCCACAGGACAACCGAACGUAGACAAAGCAACCGCAAUAUCCCAACUGAUCAACAAACACCAGGAGCAAAAGGAAGCCUUUCUGAAGGCUUGCACCUUAGCCAGGCGAACGGCAGAAACCUUCCUCAAGUACACCACGAGGAGUUUGCAGUUCUACAACUACCCCAACACAAGCAGCAAUCAUGAACAGAGGGUUAAGGGAAUCUUGGAAAAAUUGUUGAAUCAGGAAAAUAAGGUUUUGGAGCACUGGACGCACAGAAAGAAGAGGUUGGAUCAAUGUCAGCAGUUUGUAUUGUUCGAGAGAUCGGCUAAGCAAGCUAUCGAGUGGAUACAUGAUACAGGUGAAUGUUACUUAACAACACAUGCAACGAACUUAGGUAAUAACGUAGAAGAAACAGAAAGUCUUCUUCGGGAACACAACGAAUUUAAGGGAACGGCAAAGGAAACAAGGGAAAGGGUGAAACUGUUGAUCCAAUUGGCAGAUAGUCUGGUUGAGAAAGGGCAUGCCCACGCAGCUUCAAUCAAACACUGGGUCGCGGCUGUUGACAAUAGAUAUAAGGACUUCAGUUCUCGUAUGGAACAGUACAGACAGCAACUGGAGGAAACUUUAGGCAUUCAAGAAGAAGAAAGUGAGAAGAAAGAACUGUCUAUCGAUAGAAACUCUGAUCCAAGCUUAGAAGCUAAAGUGAAAGAGGCAGCUGUCAAGGAACUAAAAGAACUAAAUGAGGAAAAGCGGAGGUCUGCUAGGAGAAAAGAGUUCAUAAUGGCCGAGCUACUACAAACUGAGCGUACUUACGUUAAAGAUCUCGAAACAUGCAUCAAUUGUUUUCUGGACGAAAUGCGUAGUUCCAACAACGUACCACCGGCGCUGCAUGGUAAAGAGGAAGUCAUUUUUGGGAACAUGGAGGAGAUCUACAAUUUUCAUAAUUCCAUCUUUCUGAAGGAAUUGGAGAAAUACGAAACAAUGCCAGAGGAUGUAGGCCAUUGCUUCGUCACGUGGGCGCAAAAGUUCGACAUGUAUGUCCACUAUUGCAAAAACAAACCUGAAAGUAACUCUCUGCUUGUGCAACAUGGUGGUGGAUAUUAUGAAGAUUUGCAGAAGAAACACAAGGUGGAACACCCCAUAGCCGCGUAUCUGAUCAAACCGGUGCAGAGGAUUACCAAGUACCAGCUGUUGCUGAAGGACUUGCAGAGUUGCUGCCAAGAAGGGCAAGGGGAGAUAAAAGAUGGCCUAGACGUAAUGCUUAACGUUCCGAAAAAAGCAAACGAUGCGAUGCAUCUAUCGCUGUUGGAAGGCUGUGAUAUUUCCGCCGAUAAGCUCGGCGAGGUGGUACUACAGGACGCGUUCAGCGUCUGGGACCCGAAGCAGUUGAUCAGGAAGGGCAGGGACAGGCACAUCUUUCUGUUCGAGAUGUACCUGCUCUUUACUAAAGAAGUCAAGGACUCCGCCGGGAAAGUCAAGUAUAUUUAUAAGAAUAAACUGAUGACCUCUGAGCUUGGCGUAACUGAGCACAUGGAAGGCGAUGAGUGUAAAUUCGCCGUGUGGACAGGCCGUGCUCCAAUCAUAUCCGACUAUCGCAUCGUACUACGUGCUUCUUCGCUCGAAACUAAGCAACUGUGGGUGAAGAAACUGAGGGAGGUCAUCCAGGAGACGUAUUUCAGUGGUGCGCUGCCGCUGUCGCUACCAAAGAGCCCCGCUAAACUUAAGACGCAUAGCCAGAGGAGCAGCAGGGAUAUGGAGGAAUGUAACUCCUUAGAAGAAAGUGUUGAAAAUCUGGACAGAAACUCGCUAACCUCCUUUGGCUCUGGGAAUACGACAGAUUCAGAUAAGGUGAGUGAAUUUACAUUUUACUGGCAGAGGAAUAUAUCGUGUAAAAUACACAAUACUUCCGUUGACGAGGCAUAAUUCUGUGAUUUUAGAUUAUCCCAAUAUUCACGGACGAUGUGGUUGUAGCACAUUCCUUCAGAAACCAAUGACAAUACUUCCAAUUUUAACACAAAAAACAAGUUUCGAC